CACAACAGGUUCACGUUUUGUUUAGUUUAAUAGUUUCGUCAAGUUUUGCCAAGUCUCGCAGUGUUGCAGUUCGAAUCAUGAAACAAAUUUAUAAUUUACAGUACUAGCUCAAACAUUUAUUAGGCUAUAUUUGAAUUUUAAGGUUCCUUCAGAACUGUAGCCAAUAACUUAAAAUUAGGAGGCUUUGUUUUGCUGAGCUGAACUAGGCUAGAUAAUAGCUUUUGUGAUCCUGAAACUAAAACUAGCCUAUUAGCCAAUUUCCUUCUUUACGUUUUUUAAACGAUUUGUCAAAUAGCAAACUACGACAAGUGACUCUAGGCAUUCAUUUUAUCAAUUAUCUACGUAUUCCCUGAUUAACCUAGUUGUUCAUUUCAAUAACCAUUAAGUAGGCUAAAAUGUCAUCGGUGACAGUUCUGUCUUAGCGUGGCCUUCCUUGCUUUCUUAGAUGCUGGGUCGGGGUUAAUAGACGCCACAGAACUGUUUGACAUGAACAAACGAAGUUUUGGUUAAUUUUACACCUCCCUUUUCCAGAUCUUAAAAAAAAUGGCAGACACUGAAGAGAUAAAGCUAAUAAUUAAAGGCAUUUUAGUUUCAAAUCCAAAUGUCUUAAAAGCAAAUGCAUUACUGAAGGAAUGUGAAGCACAUCUUGAAGGGGAAAUCCCCCUCAGAAAACUUGGAUUUAAGAACUUUGUAGAGUUUUUGAAAUCCAUCCCAGCUGUUGUCCAGGUUCAGGCGGGAUAUGACUACAACCCAGAAGUGUACCCGGUUGUGUCUAACAAGAGCAAACACAUAGACCAGUUGGUGUCGAGGCAGGUAUCGAGGCCGCCCAAGAAGAGAGGAUUUGACAGACCUACGAGGAGACGUCGGGGUGCGGCAGAGUCUCGUCCUCCGUCACGUCCCCCUGCAAGAUAUAGACCCAACCAGAGCAACAAUGCCUACAGUUCGAACAGUUACACAAAUAGCACAAGGUAUCCCUCGAACAAUGGACCUUGCAGCUCCAAAAGCUUAUCCUCUCAAGCAGACGAACGUAGCAACCAAGUUUAUUACACUCAAGAUGCUCCACAGUCCACAUCCGCAUAUGCUACAGAAGGAUGCAUCCCAGCAGGGUACGAAGAUGACGAUGAGGAUGAUGAUUGGUUGGAAGAUGAAUUAGAUUCGGAAGAAGAGAUGUUCCAACAAGUGACUCAAGCGUAUGCCAAUAGGAACGGAACAUCCUCCAUAACCACACCACCUUGUGAAGGAGCUGCAGCGGAUUGUUACGACGAAAAGACUGGUCAGAAUGAAUACUUGGAGGACAGAUGUUAUAUCAGUGAUAAAAUGAUCACCAACUUCAGAUCAAUCCUGGAACAUCAUUCAGAAGGCAUUUGGGCUGCCGAGCUUCCAUCGUUGUACCAUAAAAACUUUGGAGUCCGAUUUGAGCUCCACGACUUAGGAUACAGAAAUAUUUUGUCACUGGUAUCAUCCUUGCCUAAAGUGUUCUCUUUUAGAAGAGAAGGACCGCAUGAUUGGAAGCUCUAUGAUGCUCGAUACGUCACCCAAGAAAGUCUUGACGCCAAAGGAGAAUUCCUUAUAACAGAAAGCGAAGAAUACAUACCCGACUCCAUCAUCACUAAUGUUAAAGAACUUUUGAAGAAAAACAGGAGUGGAUUGAGGAGUACGGAGCUACUGGAAUACUAUCUUGAAGAAUACAACAAACCAUUGAAGCUAGAUUUGCUCGGAUUGACGAUGAAUGAGUUUGUUAACCACUUGAGAAAGCAUGUGUCUGUAAAAACUUGUAGUGAUUACUACUUUUUGUUACCAAAGCAUGAGCGCAUAUCGUACGAAGCAUUACAGCCGCCUGAAAAGGAUGAGAGAUUGUUUGUUACUGUGGAGUCCCUGAGUGGGAUGGUACCCUCAGAGGUGGUCAAGUAUGGUGAGGAAAUUCCGAUGCAAGCCCUUCCUCCUGUACAGGACUCUGGGCCUGACGAUCCUCUUAUGGAGUUAGAAGUGCGCAUAGGCGAAGUUAUGUCUCCAACCUACUUUUACUUCAUGCUAAGCAAUUCCUAUGAAAGUCUAGAAAACAUGAUGGAUGACUUACAUUUUUUGUACCAAAGGGAAGAGGAUAAGUAUAAAAUACCAAUACCAUACAUAAGAAAAGACCUCUAUUGUGCCGUGAAGUAUUGCGAGUUCUGGCAUCGAGCAAAAGUAGUGGAAGUCAAGGGUAACGGUAUUGCUGCGAUUGAGUACAUUGACUACGGAACACCAGCCACCAAAGAGUGCUCACACCUUCGUUUCUUGACCAAAGACUUUGCACAACUACCGGCGCAAGCAAUUUGCGGCAAGCUCAUCGGUGUGAAGCCAAAGAAUAAUGAAACCAAAUUUACAAGAAAAGUCAAUGACGAGUUUUUGGAUAUGGUCACAAACAAAAGACUGAUAGCACAUGUGUACCAAGUCACUGAAAGGUUUCUUCACAAACAGACAAAAGUACAGUUCGAGAUAAUCCUCUUUGACACUGAAAAUCCUAAAGGGGAAAUAGUACUCAACGAUCAUCUGAUAAGGACAGGGCUGGUCAGUCCCAUCCCGCCUGAGGAAAGUUUACCCCAAAAACUGGAGCCUGAGACUAACCCAAUCUUAGAAAGUGAUCCCAACAUGUUAUCCACAAGUAAUAUUCUAUUCAGUGAUGUAUCCCCCGAAGAAAAUGGCACACCACCUACCCUUCUGCCGAGUGGAAAUGCGUCAUUACCAGAAGACAUCUCUUCAAUAGCGAGUGGAUCAACUUUACUUCCAGGAGAUGACCCCUCGAUAGCGCUUCUACCUAGCUCGAAUAUACCAGAGAAAAAAAUUACUACAAGGCCUCCUCCGGGAUUCAAGCCUCUUCCUGGUACAUGUCAAAAAGAAGAGCCUCAGAAUAUUGAUAUGCCAUCGGUCACGGCUUCGUCUACUGACACUAGCCAAGACCAGUCCUCCACCAUCAUACAAGUGCACAACUACUACAGUUAUUCCUAUCCUUCCACGUUGGGAUUGCCAGCUGCUUACAAUCAGCCACCACCGAACCCUUCCAAUUUACCUUAUGCAGGUCAUCCGCUUUACCAAUCAAAUUCCCAUAUUUUGCCGUACAACCAACGUAUCCCUUCAACCAAUCUUUACCCACAGUAUCAACCUGUUCUGCCACAACAACCCUUACCUCUUACUUCUUAUUUUGUACCAAAUCAGAUGGCAUUUCAACCUUUAACUUACUUUGUGAAUCAACCUGUCCGGCCUAGUUACCAGAAUUUCCCUUCUAGUGCUAGCAUUUGCCCACAUUCUUCACCUUUCCCUACCUCUUCUUAUCCCACGUCUAGUCCAGUCAACCCCAGUUCUUCGCCGAUUGGCUCAUCAGGACGUUCAUCCUACUCUGGUGUUCCCGCUCCAACCACUGUUUCUGAUUGGGUAAAUAAUCUGCCACCAGUGUUAACCAAUGCCUCUAUGACCAAAGAUGAGACUAUUCUUCAACCAGUAACUCCACAACCGCCAUCUAAAAGUGAGGUUCCCAUCGUUAAUGACAUCCCUCGGCCUGCUACACCCCUGACUCCAGCUUCUGCAGAAGUCGCUAACAUCUGCAAACACAGCAGACCCACUUCUUCUGCAUCUCAAGCCUCUGAGAAAUAUACCAAAUUCAGCCCUCUUCACAAAACCAACUCUGAAGAUAGAAUACCAUUUAAAAGUUCUAUUGAAAACAUUCAAAAAGAGGAAGAAAAAAUGUCAAUUAAAAGUUUGAAUAAUAACACACUAAAAGAGGAAGGAAAAAUGUCAUUUAAAAGUUUGAACAACAAUGCACAAAAAGAGGAAGAUGAAAUGUCAUUUAAAAGUUUGAUUGAUAACGCACAUAAAGAGAUGGUCAAGCUAAUGUCCAGAUCCACUCCCUUGGAAUCCAAACUCGAAUCUCCUCAACAUGAGAUCAUUUUGGAUAAUGAGGUGCAAGAAGCUUUCUCACUUCGUCCAAGCAGCCUUGAGCAGUUGUCUACGUGCGGCAGCCUUGUUAAGUCAGUGUAUUCUCCUUCUUCGAAAGAUGACUCGAGUGACGACUAUGCUAGUGCUCCUGAAGAACUCGAAGAAGUCAAUCACCCACUGGCUAGCUUAGUUUUGAAUAGUCAUCCAGUCUUGACUGAGCAAGAAUCAACUUUGACUGAGCAAGAAUCAAUUUUGACUGAAGAAGAGUCAACUUUGACUGAACAGAAUCCAACGACUGAGGAGCAACUGUUUCUGUAUGAGCAACAUCCAUUGACUACGGAACUCCCAGUCUCCUCUGAACGAUUAUUGAAUGAACAAAAUGCAUUACUUACUGAAGAGCAAUCAGUAUUUCCCAAGCAGAAUCCAGUUGAGAAAUGUGAACCUUGUGAUGACAGUUUUUGGGACAAUCUUGAUAUAGAUGAUACGCCACUUACCGAAGCUCAUCUUCCCUUUUAUGAUAUUGAAGAACAGUUACAACUAAUACUGGAUAGAAUAAACACACCUACAGAUGAGUCUGGCAUAAAGAUUGAGUGCCCUGAAGUAUUAGAAAGCGUGAAUGAACCAAGGAAUGUGUCAGUUAUGGAGUUUGAGUGCCCUGAAAUAAUAGAAAGUGUAAAUGAACCAACAAAUGAGUCAGUUAUGGAGUUUGAAAACCCUAAAGUAUUAGAAAGUAUGAAUCAACCACUAAAUGUGUCAGUUAAUGUGAAAAACGAGAGCCCUAUAAAAUUAGAUAGUACGAACACCCCACCAAAAGAGUCCGUUUUGGAUAAUGAAACCUCUAAAAGGUCGCCCUUGUUAAAGAUCAGCCAAAUUCCGAUGAACUGGAAGGAUGCUUUUGACCCGGAUGCUUUAAGCAUCUCAAGAAAAGUUGAUAACAACAACGUACAAAAAAAACCACCUCCAGAGAAGUUUGGAGUAAGAAAAGUUCCCGUUCAGAUAAUAGGAAUUGAGAAUAAACCGUUCCAUCUGCUCUUCGUAGACAAAAAGCCAGCAAUCGUGGCCUUGGAGUUCCUAAGUCAGUUUGUACAGGGCAGACCUCACACAAAUGUGAAAGUGCUCGAAUUGGACGAGUCUAUAAAAUUCUUCACCAUAAAUCAAACAAGUCAUCCUGAAAUACUCGCUGAAUUGAACAAACUUGACGGAUUUUUUGGAGAAGUUGAAAGGAAGGCUAUUCUAAAAAUGAAUAAAGUACUCGUAUUGAAUUUAGCUGACAUUCCAAAAUGUUUGGGAGUUUUAAACAAGAGGAAUGAGCCUCUUUUUCGUGAUAUCAAGAGACUGAUUGACGAAUGUUCAAAGCUUUGAUCAACCUUUCUCUCACAAGGCAACGUACUCAAAGUUAGUUUUAGAUUAUGACAGCCUCUGACCACAGUGCCAAUUUUAUGUACUUAAGUGCCUUAGUAUGUAAAAACGUUCAAAAAUGCCAAAUCGUAUAGAGCAACAAUUGAAACUGUUGCAAAUAGAAACAGUCCGACAUAUUUUUAUAUCAUGUUGUUGCCUUCAUAAAGUUGAGUCACCAAGUAUUAAAGGUUUUUUAGGGAUAUUAAUUUAAGUCAUUUUGUACUAUUUUGUAUCUUUAGUAACAUGUAAGUUGUGUAAAAAAAGUUGUUUGAACUUUAUCUCACCGAUAUUAAGUUUCUCUUUGUGAAUAAAUAUCUAUAGUUCCUCUACUUUGUUAGAUAUAAGU